AUGCCGGAAUUAACAACAGACGAGAAACCGAAAUCGGCCGAACAAAUCGAUUUAGAAGAAGCCGAAAAUGCUUUAACAGGAAAAGAUUAUAAAACAGCAAAAGAACUAUUAGAAAAACUGGUGAAAUUGGAAGUAAAACCUGACGAUGAAGAAUCCGUACGUAUCAAAGAGUCAGCUAUACUUGCACUCGGAAGAGUUUUCAAGGAAACCAAAGACGCUAAAUCGCUGGCAACAUUGAUCAAAACAACUCGUCCAUUUCUCGGUCUUGUUAGCAAAGCUAAGGCAGCUAAACUCGUUCGAACUUUAGUCGAUCUCUUCCUCGAUAUGGAAGCUGGUACUGGUGAAGAAGUUUCCUUGUGUCAAGAAAACAUUGAAUGGGCUAAAAAUGAAAAUCGAACAUUUUUGCGUCAAGAUCUUGAAGCACGUUUGAUUGCUUUGUACUACGAUACAAAGAAAUACAACGAAGCUCUGACGCUCGGGUCUCAACUAUUAAAGGAAUUGAAGAAGCUCGAUGACAAACAGUUACUCGUCGAAGUUCAACUAUUGGAAAGCAAAACUUAUUUUGCUCUGAGUAACAUUCAAAAAGCACGAGCUGCAUUAACAUCAGCAAGAACAACAGCGAAUGGAAUUUAUACACCGCCUAAACUUCAAGCUAGUCUUGAUUUACAAUCAGGCAUUCUUCAUGCAGCUGAAGAUAAAGAUUUCAAAACGGCAUUUUCGUACUUCUACGAAGCAUUCGAAGGUUAUGAUCAAAUCAAUAGUAAUAAAGGUGUUACUGCGUUGAAAUACAUGUUACUAUCAAAAGUGAUGAUGAAUUUACCGGACGAUGUCAAUGCAUUGAUGUCAGUUAAACUAGCAUUGAAAUAUAGUGGUCGAGACGUCGAAGCUAUGAAAGCUGUUGCACAAGCAAGCAAAAAACGAUCAUUGGCUGAUUUUCAACAGGCAUUGAAAGAUUAUCAAAGUGAACUAUCGGAAGAUCCUGUCAUUCAUUCACAUUUGGGCACGCUGUAUGACAAUUUACUUGAACAAAAUCUAAGUCGUCUUCUUGAGCCAUUCUCGAAUGUUCAAAUCGCUCAUAUUGCACGUUUAAUUAAUUUACCUCAAGAUGUCGUCGAAAAUAAACUUUCCCAAAUGAUUCUAGACAGAAAACUCAGCGGUAUUCUUGAUCAAGGUUCAGCUAACAUCGUGAUCUUCGACGAACCGCAAACGGAUACCCAAUAUCAAGAUGCAUUGGUCAUUAUUCAAAAUAUGUCCAAAGUCGUUGAUACACUUUUUAGUAAAACCAAGAAACUUUCUUAG